AUGUCGACCUCGACGACCACUUCCCCACUGCCGCUUCCGCAAGCCUCAACGCUUGGCGGUGCCGCCUCGACGCCCAUCGCCGAAGUCAGGACUCAGGCAUCGCCGCCCUGCAAACGCAAGGCCCUUUCGCCGCCAGAGGACCCGGCGGGAACCCUCUCGACCUCGGACCGCACCUCACCAGCCCCGUCACGGUCAUCCCCUCCGUUCUCCUCUUCGUCUUCCUCGGCCAACGCCACCGCAUCGGUCCCGACAACGGCUGCGACUUCCGCCUCGACCACCACCUCGCCGUUCCGGAACAAGCCUACCGACGAGGAGAAGCGCCAGCGCCGCGAGGCUCGCCAGGCCCGAAAUCGGCAGUCGGCGCAGAACUCGCGCGAGCGCAAGAAGGUCUAUGUCGAGCAGCUCGAGGCCGCCUCGGAAGCCCUGCGCGCCGAGAACGACCGGCUCGUUCAGCAGCUCCAGCAUGAACGCCUCGUCUCGUCGGCACUCAAGACCAACGCGCAAGAACAACAGGCCCGGAUCGACGCGCUCGAGGCGCUGGUCCGUGAGCUGCUCAAGGCCGGCGGCUACGCCCACCUCUCCUCGAUCCUCGCCGCCCUGGCCUCCAGUGCGGCGGCGCCCUCCCUCUCUUCCGCUCCCACCGCCACGACCACGCCUACCGGCGAGGGCAACCUCGCUGUGACUACCCCUUUGGCCGGUCCUGCCACGAUUGCAGCGCCGGUCGCGACCGCUCCCACCACGAUCCCCACCGUCAGCCCGUCGUCGACUGUCGACAGCGGCAGCGGCGGCGGAUCCGGGAGCUGCGUCGCGACCCUCGGCAGCAGCAUCGUCAGCAGUUCCGUGCCCGAGGCAAGUCCAGCGAGCGUCGCUCUCUCGGCAGGUCAUGUUGUUGUCGGCGAGCAGCGCCAAGAGCAGCCGGGUGUCGCCCCCUGCCGGUCCACCGCGAGCGCCGAUCAAGGUGAGAUGGACCAGCUCGAGUUCGCCAGCUUCAUCGACCUCAAGCAGCUCGGCGGCACCUCCAGCGACGGUGACGCGGCGGUUGAAGCUCAAGCUGCGCAUCCCGAGGCGGCUUCCCAGGCGGCUAGCGUAUCGGUGCCUAGCCCGGUCGCUCCUGCAGCAGCAGGUACCGCAGGCGGCCGCGUCAUGACGGCGGAGCCCGAGACCGAGUCUUCGAGCCUCGAGCUGGAGCAGAUGGGCACCUCGCCGGGCUUUGGACUCCUCAACUCGCCCUUUGUCCCGCACAAGAAGAGCGCGGAGGAGACGGCCACCGACGCCCUGCUCGCCGAGAUCUACGGCGCGUCGCAGCAGCAGCCGAAGCAGGAGCAGCAAGAUGCACACAAGUCGGCCGAGGAGGUACAGAUGCUCGAGUCGAGCGACGCCGUCCUCGGCGGUAGCUGGGACAGCGACCAGGCUGCCUGGUCCGCCCAGUCCGACGGCAUGGCGUCCCAAGGCGCAUCGCCUUUUGACCUGGUCGACCUGGACAUCGAGAUCGAGGAGCCGGGCAUGGCCAUCGCCCCGUCGGAUCGCCAGGCGUUCCAGCCCACCGCGACCGGUCAGCUGGCCUGGGACACGUUCCUCGGCACGAUCGCCGUCUAG